AUGGGUGCCGAUGGAGGAUCAAUUCCCGAUAGAAGGGAUCUAGUCAGAACCAAAGCUCAGGCCGGUCAGACUGAUAAAUCGUUGUUGAGGGAGUUGUACAUCCUCUGCGCCUUGAGCAAAAAACCACUCAGUAAACCUGUCGUACUCGAUCCUUUGGGAAAACUGUACAACAAAGAUGCUAUACUAGAAUAUUUUUUAGAUAAAUCAAAGUACGGGGAUGGUGAACAGAUCUGUGGACAUUUGAAAGGUAUUAAGGACUUGAUCACUCUCAACUUGACUCCCAAUCCAGAUUAUUCACCACCAACAGCAACAGCCGUAUCACAAUACACCAAAACACCCUUCAUAUGUCCACUUUCCCUCAGAGAGAUGUCGGGUGUGAUCCCAUUCAUCGCUAUCAGAUCAUGUGGUUGUGUAUUCUCAGAAGCAGCUUUGAGAGGUAUAAUACCGAACCUUACAAAAGGUAUAACCACCAGUACUCCCGCUCAGGAGUUGACUCCGGAACAAGCUAAACCCGUCGUACCUGUUGAUGGACAGAAAGAAGUGACAUGUCCAAAUUGCGGAAAAGGAUUUGAUCCUUCUCUGCCUACCGCCAUCAUACCCAUCAACCCACCUAAGAAUGUAGAAGAUCUAUUGUUGGAGAAUCUAUUGUUGGCUAGAGCUUCGGCAAAAUCAUCCAAGAAACGUAAAAACACAGAAAAGUCAACUAACGGUGUAACAGAAGUGUCAGAACCACUGAAGAAAGUCAGCAAAGUAUCUUCAACAACGAAUGGAUCAGCUUCACCUAUUCCUCGUGUGAAUUCACCGGCAAUAAGUGGGAAUGCAAGGUCGGUACAGGAUAAAUUGGCAGAACAGGAAAAGAAAAGGUUGAAAGCUCAAGAGAAUAUGAGCGAAGCUGUGAAAUCAAUGUUCAAACCUAAAGAUAACGGGGGGAAGAAGAGCGGUGCGGAUGAUUUCUUCGGCAGGACAUUCACAAGGGUUAGUUGCCUCUCCCUACACUGUUUCAGGAUAAAGAGAUGA